AACACUGUUUUGCGCGUACUACCAACGGACCUUCUCUGUCAAGGAGGGGGACGUUUCGGAUCGCUUUAGUAAUGGCGGAAACAUGUGGCCAAAUCCUCCUCGGGUCUGGAUUAACAAUCCUUUCCCACCCUCUUAUGUACAUCAAGGUUUUAGUUCAGGUUGGACAUGAACCUCUUCCUCCUACUCUAGGCAGAAAUAUGUUUGGUCGACAAGUGUACCAGCUUCCAGGUCUCUUUGCAUACGCCAAACACAUCAUCAAGAUCGAUGGCAAAUCAGGCCUGUUUAAGGGCCUCGCCCCAAGGCUUUGUGCUGGGACCAUUGGCACCAUUGUUCACAGUAAAGUCUUGCAGAAAUGCCAGGAUGAAAAAAUUGAGAUAUUGGGAAGCAGUCAGAAAGCAGAGGAGGGUUCUCUGGAACAUGUAGUAAAUGAGACCACUAAAGAGAUGAUUGCACGCUCAUGUGCUACAAUUGUCACACACCCUUUUCAUGUGAUCACUCUCAGAUGCAUGGUCCAGUUUAUUGGUAGAGAAGCCAAAUACAGUGGUGUCUUUGACUCCAUACUUACCAUCUACAGAGAAGAUGGAAUCCUGGGUUUUUUCGCUGGCCUCAUUCCUCGUCUUCUGGGUGACGUUCUUUCCCUGUGGAUCUGCAACAUGCUUGCUCACUUCAUAAACACUUACGCUAUAGACGACUCGACGAGUCAUACAGGAGAAAUCAAAAACUGCUCUCAAGCUGUUACCGGGUUUUUUGCAAGUAUGCUGACGUAUCCAUUUGUAUUGGUGUCCAACCUGAUGGCUGUUAAUAACUGUGGGCUGGCUGGAGGUCUGCCACCUUAUGCUGCCGUUUAUCCCAACUGGCUCCACUGCUGGGGUCACCUGAGCCGAGAGGGCAACAUGAGCAGAGGCAACAGUCUGUUCUUCAGGAAGUUGCCUGCGGGGAAGAUGUAUGCCAUUGAGCAGAAGAGAUUUUUUGAAUGGGAAGCUACCAGUAUAGUCUAAAAUUAUAAUAAUAUAAUUGAGCUGGCCCACAAAGUUGGACUCCUAAUUCUUCGUAUGCACUUG